UUAGUCGCUUGCCAACAUCACGACGUGCCGCUCGUGCCUCGCGAUCGUCGGAUUUACACGCAUCCGUUCCUCUCCCCUUCACCACCCUCUCGUCGCGCCGCUGUCAGCCCCCGCGCGUCAUCGGCAUCCGAUACGCCACCGGUCCGGUCCCGAUCGAUCGGAAGGGGGAGGAUCGUCGAUCUUUCUUUCGAUUUACCCUUCGGCGAAUAGAAUCACGAGUCUCAUCGAACUUUCGAAUUUGUCGGAAACAGCGCGCGUGUAUUUUUACGUGUGUGCGACGACAACGACGACGAGAGAUCGCGCGCGUUUUUUUUUUUUUUUUCCCCGGGCGAUGAUGCGAAGGCAGUGCGCAUCGGGGAAAGUGUUCCGAUCGACCAGUUGAAAUGUGGAUCGUGCGAUUGCGAUCGCGCACUACAAAGGACGAUUGACAGUGUAGUGACUUACCCGCCGGGACGCGUUUUGCUCUCGCUCGGGCGAACGUUUUGUUCCUCGGCGAUCGACUGUGAAUCACUUCGAACUGAGGUGAUUGAUCGCGGUGUGAUGACAGGAUGAACGUGGGCGCGGGUGCGCGCGUUCACUCCCAGGACCAGUUCUCGCGAUUCGGAUAAGUGGUACCGCCUCCUCGACGAAGAGCGAUCGGUCGGCGCGGUUCCGCGGUAUCAGCUGCGACCGCGGACCGGAAGUUACUGCACUGCGUGCGUGUUACGCCGUCAUUGCGGUAAACGGCGCGUAAAAGUGCGCGUGGGACCGCUCACGGCGCAAACGGAAGGCCUGGUUCUGCCUCUUCUUUUUGAGUCGAAGAGGAUUUCGCAGUGCGAUUUCCCGGCGGCGAUUUGGAUGCGCAUCUCGAGUACGCGAUUGGGAACGCGACCUCGUCCUCCGAGGAGAUUCGCCGCGUUCGAAAAGUGUAGUUCCGAGAUCCCUGUUUCGAAAGGGAUGUAUGUCUGAGGAAAGGAGAGCGGCACGAGUAUUUUAUGAUCAUCAUGAAGACACUUUGGAUCGUGGUGGUCAUCUUACUCGAGAUACACUUGUACUUCACAGUGAGCCAGGCGAAGCAUCAGCAGAAUUCAAGUGCCAAUAAUGCAAUCGCCCCAUUGAAUGCGCCGGAGAGUAAAAAUGAAGAUGUUCUUGAAGGACCAAUUGGAGAGGUGCUUGCUCAAAGUGGUACCACGGCAAUUCUGCCGUGCAAAAUCACCGAUCCUGGAGCUGGAACGAUCACGUGGGUGAGACGGAGGGACAGACAGUUGCUAACAGUCGGUACUAGUACACACUCCAUUGACAAAAGAUUUGUCGUCAGGCACUCGAGCACCGAUUGGCAACUCACAAUACGCACUGUAACUGUAGACGAUGCCGGCAUCUAUGAAUGUCAGGUGACGUCGCAUCCGGUGCAGCGAAACUUCGCUCGUCUCAAGAUUACGGAGGCGUACUCGAUAAUACCGGGUGCGCCUGAUCUGCACGUGAAGCAAGGCUCGAGCCUCCGUUUGGAAUGCCAACUUAUGGCGGCCACGGAAAAGCCCCUUUACGUCUUCUGGUAUCGUCAGGGUCGUAUGAUAAAUUACGACGAGGAGCCCGGCGUCGAUGUCAAGCUCACAACGAGCGGCUCCAUUCUGACGGUGAACAAAACGAAGCUUACGCACGACGGUAAUUAUACGUGCGUACCUAGCAAUGCCAAACCGGCGUCCGUCAUGGUCCACGUGAUCGAAGAGGAGGAGAAGCCAGCGGCGAUGCACGGGGGCGACAGAAGGAACCUCAGCCCGGCAAUUUUGGCGAGCAACUUUCUCGUGUCCCUCCUGGCGGCCGUCAGCUGGAGGAUACCGAGUUUCACGAACCUUUACCCGACGUGAAUUACCGCCGCCCCGGCGACGUUCUUCGGCCCGUGUGUCCCCCGCGACCUGACGGCGGGCCCGGCGAGGAAACGAGUUCCCGAAGUCGUUGUCCCGCUGCCUGGUGCCUCGGCACGAGCCCCCACGCUCACUUUCGACCCGGGAAGAAACUCCGGUUGCCGGGGAUGAUUGUGCGCGUGAUACCGCGAACUCCGGCGACACCCCGGUUUACCUUACGUGUGUCUCUUUUGCGUAUACUAGAUAGACGCUAUUCGGGGUUGACAGUCGCGCUGGUUCGACGGCGUCCUGUAGCUCAAGGACAGAGAGUCGCCGGUGAGUCCGAGUUUGUUUCGAUACGGUGCGCCCACCCUGUGUGUGUGUGUGUGAAACCCGUGUCUUCAGCCCUCCGCAUCUUAUCUUCCAUCUUGCUGCCCGUUCUCGCGCGAGUGCCCGCGUAAAUGUGCUUGCCGGGACGACUGUACUCCGUUUUGGAAUUGAGCUAGCGAUUUACUGUAGGAUACGUUUUACUCUUAAAUUCUCGCGUAAUUCUCUCUAUGCGUUUCGUUGCGCGCGAUGUUACAGUCCAAACUCUCUCUCUCUCUUCCUUUCUUCUGUCGACGAUAACGAUGACAAACAAGAUUACGGCGUGUAAAUACGAACGCAAUUUCUCUUGUUGCACCUAGAUAUUCUUUUGUGUACGAUAAAUCGUAUGAAACAAUAAUUCAAAGGGAGUAUUGAAAAGAUGGAUAAUUUCGAAAUAACAAUACAAAAUCUCGCCAUGUGAAUGUAACAUACCGUGAUAAAUUUCGUGACGAAUUUUAUCGUGAAUAAUAUUUCUGUAUUACAAAUGUGUUCUCCUUUCAUUAUAUCGUCUUGACCGUGCAAUAUGGUUUUCCCGCGACAGAAUUAUGAAUCAAUUACUUUGGAUGUAACCGCGUGGACCGCAAUGAGACCAGAGGAUUAUGGAACUAUGGUACUAAGGUACGUCGUAAGAUACGCAUUGGUGAAAAAGUCGCGCGAGCGGGAGGGGAGAUGCCCGAUUUGUUUGGACAGGAAACUCGGUUUCUCGCAGGAAAUUCGUUUUCCGAUGUGCAACCCUUCCGCUCGAUAUGCGGCUCGUCGAUAUCUUUCGGUGUGCGUGAUUCGGUGAGUCGUUUUCUUCGUACGUGCGCAUUCUACAUAUAUACAUAUAUACACGUAUAUAUUCGUUACGUACAGACAAAUGUACACGGCGGGAGCUCGAUUUAUCGUUCUUCCAAUUAAUCGCGGUACCGUUCAUAUUUUCGAAUCCCAUAGUGAUUUGUAUCGCUUAUCGUUUUGCCGCAUUCAUUGAUUGCGCCGCAUGUUUUUGUUUGGCCCAAACAUCCCUUUCGAUUGCGUUUGAUCGAGCUUUCACCGUACGUACGGAUACGUUAUUGCAUAACGUAGAGGCUGCUGCGAAAAUUCUGUUUGUCGUGACCAGCAUUCGCGGCGGGACCGUAAUAAUAAUGAUAAAUCGUACUCUUUGAUUGAAUCUGCUACCGUCAAGCCUCUUUUAUUUUACAAAUUAAAUUCACCAAUAAAAAAAAAAAUGGAAAAACAUUCUAUCCGAACGCCAUGCUCUAUUAUAAUAGAUAAACACGGGACUUGGAGGUAAAAAAUAUCGUGUAUUGAUUUGACCGGUAUGCGGUGUACAACGACGGAAAUGCACUUUCAAACGUGUGAAGACUGUAAAUUCCGCCCUACGGUAAUCUUGUUAUCUUUUGCCGGUAGCGGAGAGUUUAAAUAAAUCUUCUUUCGAGCCGGUGUACGUUUCUUCGAAAACGCGACAGGAUAAGACAAGCAGAUUUUUCGCAAGACAACUUGAUUACGCGAAACCUGAGGUGGAUGAGCGACGUUCUUUCCGCGCGUUCUGUAGAAGCCUUACCUCAAUUUCCCGCUGACUCCCGCAAUGCCGUCGUCGUCGUCGUCAUUGCGAGAAAGUUCUUUAUCCACACCUCGCGACUCUCCGGGUGGUGGGUAUACACUGAAGCAUCCUCGCUCUCUAUCUCUCUCUGUUUGUUCGCCCAGUGUAUACCUAUCUUUAAAUAAAUGAUAAAUGCAAACCUUCGUUCAAACCGAACGAAUGUCCGACGUGAACACAAAAGAAGAAACGUGGGGGAGACGGCGAGCGCGAGAGGGCGAGCGUUUGCUCUCCGUUCGUUUGCUCCCCGUUCUUUUUUUCCGCUCUUCUUCUGGUGUAUACCCACUUUCAUAUGUCCUCAAGAUUGAUGAAUAAUCCAGCUUCGGAUGGGACGCGCGUCACGCGAACGAUGCGAGCGAUCAGGAUCUUUCAGGGCGCAAAAAAAUACACUCCUUCAAUUGUUUUAACGAAAUUGGACUAAUACUUUAUCUUACUUUUGUGUAAUUCCAUGGAUGGUGGAAACGACUUUUCCCAUCGAGCGGAACUGUGUUCCUCGUUUCAUUGAAAUAGUGAAAAUAAUGCAAAUAAAGUGAAAACCCAAAAGACGAGAUAUUUAAAAGGCGCUUAAAAGUCAUCUUCUAGAUUCUUUUAUAUCCUUUAGAUUCUUUUUUCCCGGGUACUUAGCGCCACAAAUUUAAAAAUGUAAAAUAAUGAAGAGGCAGAGAAAAGAAGCGAAGGAGUGUAUCUCGGAAGAAUUCUCGCAUUUCUCGGUGUUUCGCGAACGUUUCGCGAGAGAUCGAUGCGCUGAUCUCGCAACUUUCUGCGAGGGGAGAGGGGGAAAUGCAAUGAGCGUUCAUGGUCUUUAAACCAUACAUUGAGUUUUAUGCGCGGCACGCACGACACGUGACGAUGCGGCCGCGGACUCGCGCUCAUCAACGUUAUUUAUCUGAAUACGUGGAAUCAAUGUAAAUACUAAACAUUCUAACUACGCAUUCAAUAAAACAUUAAUCGUGACACUAUGCGAAUGUAAUAAAUUUAUUCCCUACGUCUUGUAAAAUAUUCCCGUUCAUUAUUUUGAAUAAUUCGAAGUUACUUCGACAUAGAUAUUUUUAUUAGUUAGGUAUUGUGCAAUCUUUUAGAGUACACAGUGUAAAAACGUUUGUGUAAGUAAUAAUAAGAUAUAAAAGUGUUAUGAAAAUAC